AUGGUGGACUAUCGGGUGAAUCCGGUCGAGAUCCCAGAGUUGGAGGGAUGGUCCAAUUUCCGGGACUGGAAGCGCGCAGUAAGUGUUCACCUCCGCUUAUCUGGCAACGCUGCCUUCAUCUCCGCCAACCCUCCGACAAAGCCCGCCGGCGACGAAGACAGCGAUGAAGUUAUCGAGUGGCUUGCCCGCCGCACGCUGGCGUGGUGGUGUAUCCGCGGCAGUAUCGGCGAAGCCAUAGGGUGCCUCGAGGUGGGCGGCUGGGAUGGCAUCAAGGACGACGAGAAUCAAGAUCCCAAGGCGCUUUGGGACAAGGUGGCAGCCACUUUUGGAUCCCUCAUGCGGAAGCUCGAGGAGCUGUGCAUUAAUCAGGGCCUGGCCGUCGCCUUCCUCGAUGCCCGCCGGAUCCACACCAGCGGCGCCAUCCUCCCCCGGACCCAAAGUCAUCUUCUCAACAUCACCUUCACCGGCCGGCCACUCCCCUCCACCGCCCUGACGCUACCUGAGCUCCGCCAUCACCCACUUCUGGAUUCCGUGGAGUAA